AUGGGAAUAGCGGGCUUGCUACCUAUGCUGAAAAAUCACAUGGAGUACAUCGAGGUGUCAGACCUCCGGGGGCUGACAAUAGGAGUAGACGGAUACUCCUGGCUGUACAAGGCCAUCACGGUGCAUGCCUCUGACGUGUAUUUAAGGCCAGCCGACCCUAGCGUUGUAGAGAAGUAUGUCUCUUUUUGCAUUAGAAAGUGCAAAGCGCUGCAGGCGCACAACAUCCAGCUGUACUUUGUGUUUGACGGAGAGGAGCACCCAAUGAAGAAGGAAACGAACCGAAGACGGCGGGAGAGGAAGCAAGAGGUGCAGGCAAAGCUAGAGGCUUUGCUGCGGAGGGGGAAAAUGGCGGAGGCCAAGCCCCUCAUGGGAAGAUGCCUGAAGGUGGACGAGGCGAUGGUCAACCACCUAAUCGAAGCUCUUAAGAAGAUAGGCGUGCCGCACAUGAUAGCCCCGUACGAGGCAGACCCGCAGCUGGUGUACCUGGAGAAGCACGGGCACAUCGACUGCAUCGCAACAGAAGACAGCGACCUUAUUGUGUACGGCGCAAAGCGGAUUGUUUUCAAGCUGAACGAAGCGCAUGGCGGAGAGUUUUACAACCGGGAGAGGAUUCUUUCCAACUGCUCUCUCCACAUAAAGUGCCUGCUCAUGCAGCUUAAGGAGAUUGUAUCGCUGUCCGGGUGCGACUACACCGACGGCAUUAGCAAGGUGGGCCUUAUUACAGCGCACAAGCUGAUCAUGGCGCACAGCACCGUGGAGGGCGCAAUUCAGCACCUUUCAAAAAAACAGGGAGACUUGGGCGAGCACAUUCAUGUGUGCUCCAGAGUGAUAUGUACUUUCAACAUGCAUGUGGUAAAAGACCCAAAGACCAACAAGAGAGUCCACCUGGCGGGGCACAGCGAAAAGGAGAAUCUGCGCCCAGCCGGAGAUGCUUCAUUUUUGGGGGUGCUAACUCCAUAUAGCUAG